CUCUCAUUGUUUGGUGUAACUGCCGGAAUGCUCACAUCUCUGAUGCUUAGGAGAACUGAAAUCCCAACACCAUAGAGCAAUAGCUAAACCAGGGAAUUCUACAGUCCAUGCAUAUAAGAUUGAAAAAGCUGAUUGACCAAGAAACAGCCUAUCAGGCAAAAAAAGAGAAGGAAAACAACAAGAAAAUAACGAAAUUGAAAGAAGAACUGACAAAACUGAAAUCAUUUGCUUUAAUGGUGGUAGAUGAACAGCAAAGACUUACAGAACAGUUGAACCAACAAAGUCAAAAAAUCCAAGAGCUCAUCACUAUUGCAGAGCAAGUACAGGAGAAACUCACCAUUGCGGAAGCAAAAGCAGAAGAAGAGAAGCAGAAAGCCAUCAGGCUGGAAGCAGAAUUGCAAGCGCAAACCAAUAACAUUUCCCAAGAACAAGAAACAAUGAUGGCCAAACUAACCAAUGAAGACAGCCAGAAUCGCCAGCUCCGGAUAAAAUUAACAGCACUCACGCGACAAAUUGAUGAAUUAGAGGAGACUAAUAAGUCUUUACGAAAAGCAGAGGAAGAACUUCAAGACAUAAGGGAAAAAAUAAAUAAAGGAGAAUGUGGAAAUUCCACCCUUAUGUCUGAAGUAGAAGAAUUACGGAAACGUGUCCUGGAAAUGGAAGGUAAAGAUGAAGAGCUCAUAAAAAUGGAAGAUCAGUGUAGAGAGCUUAAUAAAAAAUUAGAAAAAGAAGCAGCACAAAACAAGAACUUUAAAGCAGAAGCUGACAAACUCAACAAAAGAAUUAUGGAGCUGGAGAAAUUAGAAGAUGCUUUCAAUAAGAGCAAACAAGAAUGUUACACUCUGAAAUGCAAUCUAGAAAAAGAAAAAAUGUUAAUAAAGCAAUUGUCUCAGGAGUUGGAGGGCUUAAAAGCUAGAAUUGGAGAGCUUGAAGCCACUGAAACCAAGUUAGAAAAAACAGAAUUCACACUCAAGGAAGAUUUAACUAAACUGAAAACAUUAACGGUCAUGCUUGUGGAUGAAAGAAAGACAAUGAGUGAAAAAAUAAAGCAAACAGAAGAAAAGUUACAAUCUGCAACUUCCCAGCUUCAGGUGGAGCAAAAGAAAGUGAUGUCAGUUACAGAAAAACUAAUUGAGGAAAGUAAAAAGGCACUGAAAUCAAAAUCUGAUGCAGAGGAAAAAAUGUCCAGUGUAACAAAGGAACGAGAUGAACUGAAAAACAAACUUAAAGCAGAGGAAGAGAAAGGAAAUGAUCUCUUUUCCAAGGUAAAUAUUCUAAGGAAAAGGCUUCAGUCACUAGAAGCCACUGAAAAAGAGUUUCUUAAAAUUAAACUCAAAGAGACAACUAAAUCAAGCACAUCCUUACAGCAGGAGAACAACAAGAUUAAAGAACUUGCUCAAGAAGUUGAGAGGCUGAAAAAUAAGCUGAAAGAAAUGAAGGCCAUAGAGGAUGAUCUCAUGAAAACUGAAGAUGAGUUUGAGUCUCUAGAGCGAAGAUACAUCAAUGAACAAGACAAAACUAAAUUUCUAUCAGAAGAACUGGAGGUUGUGAAAAUGGAACUGGCUAGGUAUAAAUUAGUAGAAAAGACCGAGUCCAACCAAGAACAGUGGCUUUUCAAAAAACUUAAAGAAGAAGAAGCAAAGUCAGAGCACCUGUCUAGAGAGGUAGAUGCACUGAAAGAGAAAAUUCAUGAGUACAUGGCAACAGAAGACCUAAUAUGUCAUCUACGGGGUGAUCAUAUGGUCCUACAGAAGAAACUCAACCAGCAAGAAAAGAAAAACAGGGAGUUAGCAAGAGAAAUUGAUAGCCUUACCAAAGAAUUAGAGAGAUACAGACGUUUCAGCAAGAGCCUUAGACCGAGUCUUAAUGGAAGGAGAAUUUCUGACCUGCAGGUUUUCUCUAAAGAAGUCCAGACAGAUCCAGCAGACAAUGAACCACCUGAUUACAAGAGCCUUGUUCCUUUAGAACGAGCAGUCAUAAAUGGGCAAUUGUACGAAGAGAGUGAUAAUGAAGAUGAAAACGAUGAGGAGCAAACAGUGUCUUUCAAAUGCAAUUCAUCCAUUGCAAAUGCAGUAAACAAAAAAUUAUGGAUCCCAUGGAUGAAGUCCAAAGAAAGCCAUUCUCAAAAUGGAAAAAUUCAUGACAAACAGAAUGGAAAUUGUGCACAGCCACGAGACUUAGUUCUAAGUCAUACACCUGGUCAACCUCUUCAUAUAAAGGUUACACCAGACCAUGGACAAAACACAGCUACCCUUGAAAUAACAAGCCCUACUACAGACAGUCCUCACUCUUACACUAGUACAGCAGUUAUACCCAACUGUGGCACACCAAAGCAAAGAAUAACCAUUAUUCAAAAUACCUCUUUAAUGCCUUUAAAAUCAAAAAUAGCUGAUGGUUACAUGAGUCCAGAGCAAGCCGUGCCACCUAUCACAUUGGCUACUUUUGCAAGAUCUCAAACUCCUGAAUCAUGUGGCUCAAUAACUCCAGAAAGGACAAUGUCUCCAUUGGCUCUGAUAGGUUCUUCAAGUUCUCCAGAACAAAUGCUUUCUCCAGAGCCUUUGGAAAUUGGUGCCAAGCAUACUCUUUUUAGAGUAUCCCCAGACAGGCAAUCAUCAUGGCACUUUCAAAGAUCUAACAGCACUGGUUCAAGUGUAAUAACUACUGAGGAUAAUAAAAUCCAUAUUCAUUUAGGAAGUCCUUAUGUUCAGGCUCUUGCUAAUUCAUCAAAACCUUGUACUCCAAUUCAGGAUAACAGAACUCCAGCACUAACUAAUGGAACACCCAGUAAGCCUACUAGUAAAAUCACAAGCAGUAUCACAAUCACACCAACAGCCACUCCUCUCCCACGGCAAUCACAAAUUACAAUUGCUGAUGUUUUCCAUCGUACAAUUCCCACUCGGAUUCCCAAACCAAAGUCCAUGAGCGCAACUAAAUUACCUGUGAAAAUACCUACUGGGCAUUUCAACAAACCACUCCAAGAAAGCAAUGCUGGAAAACGACACAUCAUGAGAACUGUAUCUAACACUUACCUUCAAAAUGGAGGGAAAAGGUUUCAAAAAAUUCUUACUUCAGAGUCCUAUCCACAGGAAAACUGAUGUCGAAUUCAACAUAUAUGGAGCUAAGAAUGAUGAUGCAACUAUAUACCACAUGCCAAUUUGUUCACUGCAAGUUUUUGUUACCACGUAACAUUACUGGGCUCUAAUUAGGUCAGACUGCCAUGGAGCCCAGAUCCACCAUCUUCCAGGACUUGCACAACCCAGAAAGCGGCUUAUAUUCUGUGCCCAAUAGCAUCUUGCCAUGUAAUACUCAAACAUGCUAUCUGAAAAUGUAAUUAUUUAAUGGACUGUAAAAUAAAUUACUGUAACUGUCUGUAUGCCACUUUCAUAUUAUGUGGAUUAAAUGAUGGAAAAAGAUGCUUAGGUACUCAGACCCUUCAGUGCUCUUUUAUGUAAUGUUCUCAGCAAAAAAAGAAGACUGCUUCUUGAGCUCCACAUUGUAUGUCAUUACACUUACACUUCCAGUUGGACCAAACACAUUUUAUUUUUGGAUGAAUAUUCUGCAGUACCUACUGGCACAGCAUGGAGCAAUUAGUCUCAGGGCUAAAAACAAUAGGCACAAGCUUAAUGUAUUGCUAUGGAGUGGGUAAGGGGAAGAGCAUGCACUGUGGGUCAGUGCUUACAGCCCUUUUCACAAGCCUGUGCAUUCACCAUGUUCUGUUUCAUUUUUGCUGCUCGCUUCCAACAUCAAAUAUCAAGUCAACGAGAAUCCACCUCACUUUACUUUGCCAAACAUGAACACGUAGAAGUAUUAAAAAAAACUAUAAUUUGUAUUCAGCAAGUCACAGAGAGCUGGAUACAAGGCAGCUUUAAUGUUAACAGAACAUUUUAUUACUGAAAGAUACACAGAAGUGAAAAACAGUCUGAAAUUCAGCACUUGGAAUUCAAAGCCUUACAGGAUAAGAGCACUGAGAGUGUUAUUAGAGUGGAACACUCUUUUACUCCAGUAAUGCAAUCCAUUACAAGUAUAUGUGGCCCUGCACCAAUAAUUCAGGAUAUUACCAUCCACACAGUGGAACCAAAUUGGCAAUUUUUGAAACAUCAUCCACUUGACAUCAGUUUAUACCACACCUCACUCUUGCAAGAAAAGAUUUUAUGACUUAUUCCAAUAAGAUUUAUGGCCUAUCAUUUUUAGAAGACAAUUUGGGGGACUUAUCUAUGUAUAGCUUAUGAAUUCCAAUUUCAUGUUAUGAACGCUCUGUAUAUUUAGGCUGACUGCCUUUUGUACAUACUCGUACAUCACACUUCUUAUGUUAAGGAGAGAGGGAGCAGCGCCUGAGUGCCUGCCUCUGAUAGAUAUGGUCUUUAAGAACCACAAACAACUGAAUAGGUCCUGCCCCUAUCCUAGCUGAGCAAUGGUUAUGCCACAGAAUGUGGCCAAAGCUGCAAUAAACUAGUUUUUCAAAUCUGGACUCCAGUUGGGGGUGGUAACCAAGCAUCAGAUCACAUGAGGGGGACCUGGAGGCUGACCAGGAGGUUCUCAUGGAAAGAAGACAAGAAGUUAUAAAAGGACCAGCUCUCUCUCUCACCAAGAGAAAUGUGUACAGGAGGAGAGAAGCCCAGGAGAGGGGAUUUGGAAGCCUGAAAGAGCAAUGACCAAAUCCCAAAGAAUGUUAAACAGUAGUGAGUAAACUUAGGCAGGGAAUGGCAUAGAGGCGUUUCUUAUUUUACAUGGAUCUGUAUAUCUCUUGUACUGUCUCAAAUAAAGAGUGACUAAUUUAAGAAAUCCCUCUGCAAAGUCUGUGUCCUACUGGCUUCAACCACGUGUCCCUGAACAAUUAAACUAUAAACAGUACUCACUGUGACAAAAUGAGAAAAUGUCU